CGUCUGAAUACUACGCAUUGAAGAGAGAUCUGGCAUUUACACGUGUGAAUUUAAUGUUGCGUAUGAAAAUAUUGUCGAUGAAAGCAUGAUGACGACCAAACCGGACACUGUUCGUGCGUAUGAUUUAAUAUCAGGACUGAAGUUCUAUGGUAGUGUUGACAGUUUCUCCCAUUCUGCUGAACUUUCUAGACCGGGUCGAAUCGAAGCCCUAAAGGUGCAGUUCGGUGAGGAGCAGGUCAUGGAUUCGUUGUGUGAAAGAUCGAGAGAGAGUAGCCGCGUUGACAUGGAGCGGGAAGAGGGACAUCAGACAAUCUCACACCCAGACGUGACCACCGGUGACAAGCAUGAGAACGCAGAGAGAAACGUUGUUGUUGAGAGGAACGGGGACCACAGCCCGGUCGAUUUGAGACCUCAAAUAACAGUGAAAACUGAGUCACGUAUGUCGCCCAUGGGUAUACAGCGAAAAUACCAACACAGAAUUAAUGCGGACGAUCAUGAGCUGGAGGGAGAGGACAGAGAAUUGUCACCCGAUAUACGCUAUCAACAGCACCCCCCGCACACACCGACGGAGAAAACAUCACCGCCGCCCAAUUCGCAAGAAUGGACGUUCGAAGAACAGUUCAAACAGCUUUAUGAACUUAGUGAUGAUCCGAAAAGAAAAGAAUUUUUGGAUAAUCUGUUUUCAUAUAUGCAAAAACGAGGCACUCCAGUCAACCGAAUUCCGAUCAUGGCAAAGCAGACUUUAGAUUUAUAUGAAUUGUUCAAGCUAGUGGUAUCCAAAGGUGGUCUGGUAGAAGUUAUAAACAAAAAACUAUGGCGUGAAAUUACAAAGGGUUUAAGUUUGCCAUCUUCCAUCACAAGCGCGGCUUUCACACUCAGGACACAAUACAUGAAAUACCUUUAUCCAUAUGAAUGUGAAAAAUUAAAAAUGAGUUCGCCAGCUGAACUACAAGCAGCCAUCGAUGGUAAUAGACGUGAAGGUCGUCGCCCGAGCUACUCAUCACCUGGUUCAUUUUUACAUUCACCUGGAUCACCACCACCAUCCAUGGUACCACAAGCAUUAAGAAUACCGAACAAUUCUGGAAACAAUGGUUCAGCCAGUCUUUCUUCCGACGAGGACAGCUUACCUUCCACACCGACACAUCGUUCCAUGGUUAUGAACCAUCAUGGCAUUCCCUUGGAAGCGACUGAUGGCGGGCCGCCGCCAAAGCGGCAUAUGAUGAGUGACGAUCAGAUACGACAAAUCCAACAAUUACAAUCUCGCGAGAUGCCACAAUCUACACAUAUCAAAAUUACAAGUACGAGAGAUAGCGGAAUGCCGAUGCUUGAACUACGAGGAGACAAUUCAUUAAUAGUCAGUAUAGAACUGAAUGGUGUCUUGUAUCAAGGAAUACUAUAUGCAAGGGGCACUCCGGGACACCCAUUACAUGGAGCACCAACAAGUGCUGCUGUGACCAGAUCAACUGCCCUCUAAUUGUUAUACUGCAAGUAAUUGUAGAAGAAAUAGAUCUAAAUUUUAUUGGUUCAUUGUUGUGCAUACCUAAUGGAAAUGGCGCUGUAUCACUAGGGUAUAUAAGAUACAGAAGAGAAACAAAAUGGAUGCCUUAUAUACAUGUAAAGCUUGUCUCCAUGGAAACCUUUCCCAAUAUCAUAAAACUACAUUCACACUACCAUUUCUGACUAUAUGGUUUUUAGUUUAAAACUUAGUUAUGAGAAUUGUUGUCAAGAUUUUAAUUCUUGGCUGUGAAGCCUAGCAAUAUUUGUUGAUAAAUAUUGUGUUAUCAGCAUUUUUGAACUCCUAACAGCACCCAUUUUUAAUAUGACAUUAACAUUGUUCUUAGACGUUGACAAUUAUUACAAUCAGGAUUUUGUUAUUUCAUCUAGUUCAAGUACAUCUAACCUGACUAAGCAAAUCUCUCAGAAAACAUUUAUUAACUACUUUAUUGAAAACAAAAAAAUAUUUUUUUUUUUAUAUUUUUUUUCACUGAACUAGUGCAUUGAGACUGACCUUAGUUUUUAUUUCCCAAUUUCU